CCCCCCCUUUCUACACCAUCCUCCUUUACUUGCUCUCUUAUCUCUGUACUGUCUUUCGCUGUCAACUUCAGUCGCUUUAGGUGCCUUCCUGUGUCAUUUUGUUCUAAAGUUCGUGCGUUUAGGGUUUCGGAAGUUAGAUAUGGCGCGCACCAAGCAAACUGCCAGGAAGUCCACUGGAGGCAAGGCGCCCCGGAAGCAGCUGGCGACCAAGGCAGCCCGCAAGUCUGCGCCGGCUACAGGAGGUGUGAAGAAGCCUCAUCGCUACAGGCCCGGGACGGUGGCCCUACGAGAGAUCCGCAAAUACCAGAAGUCGACGGAGCUAUUGAUUCGUAAGCUGCCCUUCCAGCGGUUGGUGCGUGAGAUUGCGCAGGACUUCAAGACAGAUCUCCGAUUCCAAAGCUCCGCGGUGCUGGCCUUGCAAGAGGCGUCGGAGGCGUAUUUGGUUGGUUUGUUUGAGGAUACGAAUCUGUGCGCUAUUCACGCGAAGCGGGUGACCAUCAUGCCAAAGGACAUCCAACUUGCUCGUCGUAUCAGAGGAGAGCGGGCUUGAGGCGGAGGUAGUCCUGUUGAUCUGCGAUGCAAUGGUGUUUGAUAACACCACCACCGUAUCGGAAUUGUGUCGACUCUGUGUUCUAACCCUAGGCUUGUUGCAUUGCUUAGACACUUUCUUAGGGGUAUUUAAGUGGGGGCCAUUACUUACAAAUCUCUGACUUGUGCACCUAAGUGGCCAGUUGUUGGAUGUUGCUACUACGAACGACAUUGAUCUGUAACUCCUAGUACUAACCAGUCGUCGGGAAUCCUAGGAAAUUAAGCGCGCGUCUAAUUGAGCUCAAUUGUAUUAACCAGUUCGCUCGCACAGCCAACCCGCAAGAACACCGUGACUUUUAGCACACAGAGUUCCUGCAAGAUACUUAAGUAAAUGUCAUUAUGAACAAGUCUGUUUAAAAGUGGUACCAUUUCGAUCUACCUAUAACUUUGUGAAAAUACAAUUGUUGAAAUAUCUUCAAAAGUUAA